AUGGCACUCAUCUCUCAAGGGUUCGCCUCCUUGACUUCCUCUAUAUUCUCGUCUGGACGCGCUGAGGAUGUGACGUUCUCCCUCUCUUCUAUCCGCAUCUCUCUUCCAGUGAAAGCCGCCACCGUCGACAUUCAGAGCCUCCGGAACUACAAUUCGAGGCAGCCUAUCUCACGACUUCCCAUUGAACUGCUCUGCGACAUAUUCACCACAUAUGUCAACGAUCCCACCCGUUCCAGAGUUGACCGCCCUACGCCCCUCGUCUCCCGCCUCUCUAAAGCGGACCCGACACUCCUCGGGCAGGUGUGUUCGCAUUGGCGAACGGUGGCCAUCAAGCUUCCAAACCUAUGGACCAGCAUUUUCAUCGAAAACCCAGUGAAGACGCACGUCUAUCUUACGCAAACUUGGCUCGAGCGUGCCGCAGGCCAGCCGUUGCACAUUACCUUGUGGGAUUCGGGUGAUCUGCGAUCAAUGGGGUGCAUUCUGACCGUCCUCGCGUCGUAUUCGCAAUUUUGGAAGAAACUCGAACUCAGACUGCCUCUCGAUCUCGUCCCUCAUUUCUGGAACAUCACCAAACUCCCUCGAAAAUGCGAUAUGCUCGAGGCCUUGGAAUUUAUGCCGCUAGGGGCAGUGUCACCGCUGCUACAGCAAUACGACAUGGGCAAUCCUGGGUGGGACCGUCGCUAUCUCCGUGAUAUAUGGUCCUUUUUCUACACCUCCUCAGUCCUCAGCGACAUCAUUUGGAUUGGAAGAUUCGACGACUUUCUCCACGACAAGACCCCAUACGAUCAAUUGCAAACCGUUCGGCUGCACAGCAAUCAACAAUAUCUCGACGUUCAAGACGCCGUUGGGUUUAUCGCUCGAUUCCCGAAAUUGCAGCACCUGAACACAGGAGUCUCGUUCACAUCACAGCAUCUGUCGUUCAAGUCCUUGACGACCACUCCUUUCGUUAUGGAACACCUUCACACUCUUUAUCUCUGGGCGAGGGUCUCACUUUCAUUCGCCUUCUCACACUUGACCCUCCCAGCUUUGAAGGAUUUAACCAUAAGCUCCAUGAGCGGUGGGGAUCUAUUGCUCGAUCACUGCACACUCAAAGAGUUCUUCCACCGAUCCAAAUGUCAAUUGGAGAGGCUCGUCUACGCAGACGACAAGUUGACAAAUGACGACUUAAACGCGCUCCUCCUUCUACCCGAGCUCCAGUCGCUACGUUCCCUCGAAUGUACGGCAAAGAUACAGGACUCGACAAUCAGAGCACUCCUUGCAAGCCAGUUGGAUGGCUCGUCCUCCAUUUUGCCGCUCUUAGAGAGCAUUUGUUUCGAAGCAUGCGAAGCGACAGAUGGCUUGUUAUCAAUGAUGGUGUUGUCUCGCAAGCCCACCUUGAUGAAUUUGGAUUUACGACCUGAGGUUGAAUUCGGCCCUAUCGACGCAGAAUUAUUACAACCCUAUGGAUAA